AUGGUAAUCCAGUUGUCCGACCUUUUUGCAAAGCUUCCUUUGCCUUUGAAAGGGUCGUGACUGGCCGCAGACAACUUUUGCAGCUUGCCAGUUUCUUUUCUGUUUAGUUUUCGCCGAGAAACUUUCUCGCCUUUUUGAGCUGAUAACCUUUUUGUGAGUCAUUUUGACAUUUGAAUAGGUCCUUGACGGUCUAUAUUGAGUAUUGAAUAUUUCUCGUUCCAAAAGAAAAUUCGAUUGCUGUUUUGGAAACUGAUUAAGAGUUUUAUAAGACUAGGAAAUUAGGCCAUUUAUUUAUUGUGACAAGUAAAAAUUUUGAGGAAAAUAUGCGCAGAAAGUUUCAAUUUUCUUCCAGCAAAGGCAUUUUUGAAUAAUUCCAUGCUUGUAUAGUGAUAUAAGCUCGAAAUCGAAACACCAAGAUAACAUUAUUUGUCCACCAGUUUAUCCAUCAUUAAUACCAAUUUUCACUCCAUUUUGUGAUAUCCUCUUUUUGAAUACGAUUUAUAUACUCACUGAAUGAAAUUCCGUUAUUUUCAAAUUUUCGCAGGCAAUACGUGACGUUUUUUGACGUUCCAAUAACGCAGUUGUAGUACCACGCCAAACAAAAUCCAAAUCGAGCUUCAGAAAAACAGUGAACCUGCCAAUAGAAAAGUUGGAUCUGAAAGAAAUUUUUUCUCAAUGCGAUUUUCAGAAAAAAAAUGCAUCCUCCCUCGAUGGGAAUCAACGGAUUCAGAAGGAGUCAGAACUACUCCAGUCAACCAACUCUGAAUGAUUACCGAUCCCAACCGGGGCACUACGGUUCCCAGCCAAAUGUUAGUUUCGUCUUUUUUUUUUCUUUAUUCAUUUUAUUCAGAUAAUUCCGAAUGAAAAAUACCCGCCGCCCAACUAUUCACAAGUUUUUGAGCCCCCUGUUGUCGUUCUGAGGAGCAGGAAGGUGAACUUCCCAAAUUAUAAUGAAACUUUAUUUUUUGAUUUUCAGCCCACUACAGUUCGAUCAGCAAAAGAAGAUGCGCGGUUGAGAUCACAGCAGUCCCCAAAUAACGUCCAAAGAGUUCAAGUAACCUUUUUUUCUAGUUUUUGAGGCCUUUUUGAAGUUUCAGGUAGUCCGUAACAGGCCUCACAGCACUGCUUCUUAUAACAGCAUUGGUACAGUCCAAUGAGAAAACUUCAUCCCAUUUUAUGUUUAGCUUCUUCUGGCUUGGAAAAUAUUGCUUGGAGAAACUCAACGAUUUCCAACGGCACCACCGACACAAGGAGGAACACUUAUUACGACGAAGAAGACUCUCCCCGCGUUGUCAGUUUCCUUCUUCCUUUUGUUUCAGUAACAACAGAAUCCACAAUAUUUAACUGA